AUGCCAGGCACGACGAUAACCGAUCGAGUUCUGCGAUCCUGCUCCCCGCGCCGUCCCUCGUCCCUCGUCCCUCACUCUCGGCCAUCCCGACUGGCGCCUGACGUUGGGCGAGUUACAACUUGCACCGCAUACGCGAUCACGACUCUUGAACUGCACGUUCCCCCUGUAUCUCGACUUUUGUUCUUGUCCCAACACACUCUUUCUCGCCACCCCGUCUUUCCUUUCACUCCGCUCCAACCGACACCGACGCAUCAUGUCGCACCGGCCAUCCACGUCCUCGCGCCAGAGCUCCCCCGAGGACGCCCCCGUCGUCACGAUCGGCACGAAGGGGCGGCGGAUGAAGGAGAAGCUCGCAGCGCGUGGGGAGCGGCAGUCGCCGAGUCGGUCGACAACCUCCACCUCUGGAGCGACGGGGACAUGACGAUCCACAGCGCCGACGGCGUCACCUUCCGCGUGCAGUCGUACCACCUCCUGAGUGCGUCCUCCGUGUUCCGGGACCUGUUCGCGAUCGGCUCUGGGCCGCGCGAGCUCUCCCUUUCGGACGAGAGCAUCGAGACCGCCCCGGUCAUGCGCAUGUUCCUCGACCUCGUCACCCUCGGCAGGCUGCACGUCUACCUGCCCCCGACGGUCGUGGAGGCGGAACCGACCGAACUCCGCGCCAUCCGCGCAUUGUAUGCGCUCGUCCACUUUCUACAAAAGUACGAGUGUCGCGUGCAGCUGCGCACCGUGCUGGUCGAGGUGAGGCAGCGCGUCGAUGCGGGCGACUGGCCGCCCUUCCUUGGUUUCGUCGUCGGGGCCGUGGCCGACGACGAGAGGACGUGGUCCGGCGCCCUCCAGCAUCGCACCACCACUUGGGAUCGGUACAUUGAAAACGUGGCCGUGAGCUGGACAGCAAUGAACGUCCGCCGCCUCCUGGGUCAGAGCACGCUCGAUCCCCGCUGCCUGCCUUACGACUUUUGGAUCAUGUGCCCGCCAGAGUUCAUGUGGGCCCUCACUGUCAGCUGGGCCGGGAAGGACUGCCCGCCCGAAAUCUUCCACCUCCAGGUCCGCACCACCCUCGCUGACCUCCGGAAAGGCAGAUGCGAUCAGAACCGCAUGUCCCAGUUUGGAAUGCUCGGACAGGGCCUUGGAUCCGACAGCUCAUCGAGACCCAACACCCCUGGCGCCUAA